AUGGCAUCGUCUCCUAGGGAAUCCAAGUACAAGAAUGAGGUUGAAGCACUCAGGCGAAAGUAUAUCGAAAUUUAUGUUCGCCAACUUGCUCAAGGUAGGCGUAAAGCUUAUCUAGACCUUCUUUUUGGAAGACCUAAUGAAGAUGGAUAUUUCCCAUGCUUGGUGACGCCAAGCGAUCUCAAACCGUCCGGCUUGGUGAGAUCUCAAACUGUCGGAAGAAAGAAGAGGUUUUUGAAGCCAGUGGAGACCCCACGCUUGUUGACGCCAAGCGAUUUUUUGGAAGCCAGAGGAGUCCCCACGCUUGAUGAUGCUGAGGAGGCCGCGGAGAAACCAAAAUCUUAG